AUGCAGUUUUCUCGUCUUGUCUCGGCCGCUGCUUUUUUGGCAUUGAGUGCGGCCACGAACAUAACCAUUGCGCAGCCAGGCGUGCCGUUCGUGGUGAACGACACACUACCUCCGUCGUUCGCCUUCACAGAUGGGGCUUCGAUCGUUGACUUGUUCCUGAAUGUGGACUCGUCGACGACUUGGAACCUGAUCUCCAAAACCCAUCUCCAGGGUGACACGGGCGAGCCUGAGGGCAUGGUCCGCGUGGGCGAUGACCGGAUCUUCGUUUCCUCGGGACAAUAUACGGUCGCGACGGAGAAGUACAACCGCACCAUCAACGGCACCGACAGAACGGCUGGCGCUGGGUAUGCCCACAUGCUGGUCUACGAUGGCCAGGGGGGUCUGAUCGCCAACGCGACGCUCACCAGGCCAGGCGACAUCGAGUAUCAUGCCGGCGGAAUUGACUACGACGGCCGCUACAUCUGGAUCCCCCUGGCACAGUACCGGCCCAACUCCACGGCGACGAUUGUUCGCCUCGACCCGCUCACCCUGGAGGUGCAGCGCCUGUUCGCAGUCGACGACCACAACGGUGGCGUCGUCCACGACACCAUCGCCGACACCCUGGUGACCCUCAACUGGAACGCCCGCAACGCCACCACAUGGUCGUUCAAGGACUACCCGAGCAGCUUUGCGCCCCUGCCGCUCUUCACGCCGCCGGAGAUCGACCUGCAGAACCCGUCCUUCUUCGUCGAUUACCAGGACUGCAAGUUCAUCGGCCACCAUGUCCUCCCCUCCCAGCUCGCCCUGGCCCGUAAUAAUCCCUACGGCGGCCAGCUCCGUCCGCUCAUGUUCUGCAGCGGUGUUGCUACCAUCACCUCCGGCGACUCCUCGUACCCGCUCGGCGGCCUCGCCCUCGUCGAUCUCGAGACCGCCACCCCGCUGUGGGAAGUCCCGAUCGGCAUACUCAGUGACCUGGGUGUCUCCAUUGCGGAAAACCCCGUUGAUGUCUCGGUCGUGGAUGGCAAGUUAAGAGUGUACUUCAUUCCUGACCAGCAUAACUCGACGCUCUACGUUUAUGAGGCUAAUUAA